AUGUUGCCUCUGCGUCGAGGAACCGCCGUACUGGCGCGGCAGUCACGCACUGCAUUGCGUCCCAGGCAAACACGAUCCUACGCCUCCGAUCACACCCAUCACAACGGACCUGCCCCGGUUGAAGAGGGCAUGGGCACCUUCUUCUACGUUCUCUUCGGUGCUGUCCCCGUCUCCACUGGCCUCUACUACGCCACCCGCCCGGGACCCAAUGGAGAGCCGUCGACCAUCACGACUGCCAUUGAUCGCUGGUCAGACUUGCAGAACACAUGGGAGGAGCGCAACAGCCGACACACCGACCUUAUUGAACAGGCUGCCCAUGACAAGAACCUCUUCUACAACUGCGAGAGGAACACUCACAUCGAGCUCAAGUAUCCCGAGAUGUUUCAACAAGGCUCGCCAUACUCAGUGCCGGCAGGGCACUACGUCAACCUAGACAAGGUCGUGGAUCACUACAGGCAGAAGCAUCUCGAGGAGGAGGAGGCUAAAGCAAGUAAGCUGGCGGCCAAGAAGGCGGAAUAA